AUGUAGAUUUUAUUAGCUUUUUAUUGGUUUUACUUCUCAUACAAGCUUAAAUAUAAUAAGAUUACCUUCACACUUUAUGAGUUAGAAAUGAUAAUGACUAAAAAAGUAAAAGGCCCUGGAUAAAGCCAUAAGCAAAAAUAACUUAAAAAGGGAGUUAGAUAAGACGGCGUUGUUGAAGAUUAAGCCUCAAAUGCUGGUAAUGAUGCUUAAAAUAUGUAAUAGAAGAUUAUUAAAAAUGUAGUAAAUGAUGUAGAUUAGCUUUUUAGUAUUAACUCAGAAAGUACUGAAAAAUAAGAGCAAAAAGAUGAUAAAAUUUAAAAGAUGAGAGAAGAAAAAAUAAAAGAAUUAAUGCAACAAUAAAAAAAUUUAGGAGAAAGUUUAGACUUUGUCAUAAAUCUUCGUAGAAAAUCUCAAUAAGAUAUAGAAAACUAAAUCCAUAAUAUAAGUUUUUCACAAAAAGAUGAAGAUUUUGUAAAUAAAGUAGAUAGUAAAAUUGACGAUAACAACAAUACCAAUUACAUGUUUACAGAUAAUUUAAGCUAUUUAAAUCAAAACAACAUGAGUUUUAAUCUAGAUACAUAGAAUGUAAUAAGGUAAGAUGAUGACUAUGAUAAUACUAUUUUGCCAUUCUAGCCAACUCAAACAAGAUUUUAUGAAAAUCCUGAAAUGAAUAAUACUGUGCAUAACUUUUCCUAUACUAAUGAAGUCAAUGACCAUGAAAUUUCAAUGCACGAAAUAUCUCCUACUUAAAAUAAUGAAUAAUAAAAAUAAUAAACAGAUAAUAAUUGA